AUGCCAAUGUUGGGACAUGAGAUGAAGCUACGGUGGAUGGUACUUGUUUUGUUCAUGUUGUGUUCUAAGUGGCAACAAUAUGCUACAGGAGAGCGACUGGUUCCAUGCUAUUUCAUUUUUGGAGACUCGUUGGCCGACAAUGGCAAUAAUAACAUGCUCCAAACUCUUGCCAAAGUUGACUAUUCCCCAUACGGCAUUGAUUUUCCUAAUGGCCCCUCUGGAAGGUUUUGCAAUGGGCGAACCGUCGUUGAUAUAAUUGCUGAAAUUUUGGGCUUUCACAAAUAUAUAACACCAUUUGCAACUGCUAAUGAAGCAGAUAUACUUGAUGGUGUGAACUACGCCUCUGGGGCAGCAGGAAUUCGUGACGAAACUGGACAGGAGUUGGGUGGUCGUAUAAGCUUGAAUAUGCAGCUAAAAAAUCACCAAAAAACAUUAUUGAAUUUGAUUGGCAUGCUAGGAAAUGAGUCAGCUCCAAGACACUUGAGCAAGUGCUUAUAUUCGGUUGGAAUGGGCAACAAUGACUAUCUCAACAACUAUUUCUUGCCCCAGUACUUCCCAACAAGCCAAGAGUAUACUUUAGACCAGUACACCCAACUUCUUGUCGAGGAAUACUCACAACAACUAAGG